CGACCGGGCCGGCGCUGAGAGAAGGAGCCUGCCAAGGGAUGCCCAAAAAGUUCCAGGGCGAGAACACCAAGGCGGCAGCAGCCCGGGCACGGAAGGCGGAGGCCAAGGCAGCGGCCGAUGCCAGGAAGCAGAAGGAGCUGGAAGAUGCCUACUGGAAGGAUGAGGACAAACACGUCAUGAGGAAGGAGCAGCGCAAGGAGGAGAAGGAGAAGCGGCGCCUGGAGCAGCUAGAGCGCAAAAAGGAGACACAGCGGCUGCUGGAGGAGGAGGACUCGAAGCUCAAGGGGGGCAAGGCCCCGCGGGCAGCAGCACCCGGCAAGGUCACCCGUGCCCAGAUCGAGGAGACACUGCGCCGUGACCUCCAGCACCGUGACACCCCAGAGCCAGCCGAGAAGGCCCGGAGCCACCUGGAGGUACCACUGGAGGAGAACGUGAACCGGCGCGUGCUGGAGGAGGGCAGCGUGGAGGCACGCACUGUAGAGGAUGCCAUCGCCGUGCUCAGUGUGGCUGAGGAGGCGGCUGACCGGCACCCUGAGCGGCGCAUGCGGGCAGCCUUCACAGCCUUUGAGGAGGCGCAGCUGCCAAGGCUCAAGCUAGAGAACCCCAACAUGCGACUGUCACAGCUGAAGCAGCUACUCAAGAAGGAGUGGAUGCGCUCACCCGACAACCCCAUGAACCAGCGGGCUGUGCCCUUCAAUGCCCCAAAGUGAGGCACCCACCCCUGGACUGGGAGCCA